AUGGCUAGCACACAGCUCCCAACGUCUGAAGUUAAAGAAGUCAGAAAGGUCUCUAACGAUGACGAUGACGAGCAGGGUGGCUCCAGCCAAGCAGAGGAGACCAGCACUGGCGAUACAGAGUCUGAUACCUCCGUUAUCAGUGAUGAGGCUGAAGCCAUGAGCAAGGCCAUGGGCCGCAUCACGGAUAAAUUACAAAGCCAGCUAAACAUUCCCAAAGUCGAAUCAGGCAAGUCUUCUGUAGGUCUUUACUAUAAUGUCGCAGCGCAAGCAACAGUGGAGCUGCAGACAGAUUGGGAAAUCAUCCCAGGACUUAAUCUUCAAGGGGUGAAGCUGAGGACCAAAAUCGCAAAGACGAGCAAGCAACCAGUCACGCUGGGUGUCGAGCUCAAUGCCUUUCUAUUGAUCAAGGAUUAUACGGUUAUCGUGUCUGGAACCAUUCCCCGGAUACAAAAGGGACGCGAUAUCGAGUUUACCUUGAAGCUCAAGGCGAGCAGCUGCUUGGGUUCAAUCGACACAGAUGGGAUCAUUGAGGCCUGUACAAAGGACAACGGGAAUGGCCCAACUCAUACAAAGGCGUGUUACCAAGACUUGCUCCAGAAGACAGGUCUACAAAAUGACAUGGGAGAUGCUGCUAUGGCAGAGCUAACUAUCGUUCGUGAAGCGCAAUCAGAAGAGAUGUAUCUGAAGAAGUUUGAGAUCCACAUUGCUGCAAACAUCGAUUGGCAAAUCAUCCCCGGGAAGCUGCGACUCCAGAAAGCCGCAGCACUACUUCGAUUCUCUAAGAAGAAACGUGAGGAUUCUCUCUUGACGCGAUUGGAAUUAGCUGGCAGCAUUAUCCUAGAAGACCCUCCCGAGACCACAAUCGGCCUGCAAGCCUUUCUCUCUCUCAAGGAUGGCGACGUCCGUCUUGCCCUGGCAUGUAACGUGGCAGCCAUGCAGGCUAUCCAGCCAUCGCACCUUGUGAAUCUGAUCACAGAGCAAGAGAACACUGACAUGUCCCUUGACUCAGUUGGUGCUCCUCCUGACCUUGGCCUACCGCAUGAUAACUUCUGGUCAUUCGAUCUGUUUGCCGCCUUGGAAAGGAAACAAGCGGAAUGGAGUCUGCAAUACGUCCGCGUGGCUGUCGAGAUUAACCAAGUGUGGGCCCCUUUGCCUGAGUUGGUUAUCGGAGACCUGAAGGGCUUCUUGAUGGGUUUCCGUCCGGACUUGGAUGUCAAGGAUUUCAAGGACGACACGAGCCUCGACCGUCCCGGGAACCGCGAACGAUUAGCUACUCUUCCGAAGGAAAUCAAGACGGAAUCAAACUCAGCAUUGCCCAGCUUAGAAGUUUCAGGGUGGAUCAUAGGCACCGUCUAUCUUGGUAGCACUUGGCUUCAGGCAACGGUCCAACAUGACGCCAUCACCAAAGUCACUCAGGUCCAUUGCUACAUCGAUGAUACCCAGAUUUGUUCCUUGACCCAGAUUGUCUCGAAUCCCCGACUUCACAGUCUGCAGUCGGGGCAGAGUGCACCCAGUGAGGAGGACUUUACUAAAGCCCUGGCCUUAAUGGCCACUCCGGCAACCUGUCCAGUGGACUUCUGGCUGGUCUCGGCUCUUGGCUAUGGAACGCAACGGCAGUGCUCCAUCUCCAUUGAGGGCUCGAAGCUGCAACGGCUCACGUUCUCUGUGAUGUCGGCUGGCGACGCAAAUGCAUGGCAGCCUACCGAUACCAUUCAUCUGCAGGAUAUGGGUCUGUCGAUUUCGUAUGAGCCAUCAAAGAGUUCUACCGCCGGAUUCGGGAACUUGAAGGGGUAUGCGUAUGGACACCUGAAGCUAUCUAACGGAUUGACACUAUUUGGACUCGUGGUCGGUCGGAAGGAGAGCAAAAUCGGAGAAUUCAUGGUCCAUCUCUCCACUUCGCUUCAACCCAAUGCUGGUCUUGGAGUAACGCCCGAAAAUCUCUUCGCGGACCCCAUUCUCGGCAGCUUGACUCCCAAAACUGAAGGUUGGGAGCUUCCAUCUUCGUUUCUCGCUGAUGAACAAGUCAGUUUCUCACGGAUAUUCCAAUCAGCAGAGGCAGGGGUCACCCUCAAGUUCUCCCGAGACGAGAUCCCCUCCACUGAUGAAGGAACCCCGAGUUACCAGACCGCACUGCGCCUCGUCCACGUUUACCUGGAUCUCCAGGGUAACUGGGAGAUAUUCAGUGGGCUAAAGCUGCAGGAUGUGCGGUUACUUGCAAUUAUAAGCCCCAAAGCUACGGCACAAGGGUAUAUCGCACGAAUAGAGGUGACAGGCGUGUUCCACGCCACAACUCCCGGUGUCUCUCUAGCUGUCUCGGCGAGAUUCGGUACCCAAGGCCCCGUAUCUCUCCUCACAGCUCGCCUGACCGGAGCCGUGAAUGCUAGUACGAGGGAGAACCACAGCAGCGCGGCAUUGCCAUUGAUGCCCACUAGGAUUCUGGAGCUGUCAGCCUUCCAAGAUUUCAGAUCCACCAGCAUGGACGAAAUCUCCGUUCCAGAUGACUUCCCCGUCACUGCCACACGUGUCAUGUCGUCAACUCAGACAGAGUGCGAGAUGAAGAUUGACAAGGACCCAUCAAACAAUAGUUGGAAGCUCACUCGUAUAACCUUCUCCCUCACCUCGGAUGCGGAAUGGACUGUAAUACCUGAUCUGCUACGCAUUAGGCUCCAACUACUUGCCCUGCAGCUGCCGCGCUCAACAGAGAAUCCCUGCGGAGCUUUAGCACUCGCGGCGGCCAAUAUUUGGAUUGGUAAUUUAGAGCUGACUAGCAAACUGAUAUUUUGCAGGAAUAAUGGGAGGAGUGAUCUCAUUUUUACUAUCAGCGCGGGUCGUAGUGAAAUGAAAGAGAUGGUUUCAAAAUUCACAGAAGAAUCAUUCUCGACUAUGACUCCGUCUAAGAUAUCACAUCUUGCUGACAGCGCAUGUUUCGACGUGCAGGCUCUCUGUGUGUGGGAAAAGAGGAAUUCUGUGGAUAGUUCUCGUCCUUGGUUCCGGGAACUCACGGUCAAGUUUGGCUCUACGGCGUCGAUUGACCUUGAAUUCAUGCAGCUCGGAGAGCUUUCCCUGUCCAUCGAGAGAGACGAGGGAACGAAGCGAUUCUCUAUAAACAGCUGUGUAGUAUUUUUCGGAGAGUUACACCUCAAGCUCUCCCUGGCAUACCGGCCGGCUACAGCAGGGAAAUCAUCGUGUUACAGCGGCAGCCUGACCCUCCCAUCGCAGCCCAAGCCAUUCGUCACCAUUACCCAUCAAAACGGCCACUGGGGCUUGAAGGACUGGUACAUCAGCGAGAAGGAGCUCAAGACUGGGAUCCAGUUUGACGAGGCCAUCGAGAAGGCAACUCAAAAAUACCCGUCGAAGUGCGAGUGUAAGAAGCUCGUCGGCUUUUUCUUGAAGGAGAUAAUCAUGCUACGUUUUUCAUGGAAGAUCACCAAACCAGAAAGCAGUGAGCCCAUGUUCAAGGAUAAUCAGUUGCAUCUCCGUAUUGUUUGGAGCUUCAAAAUUUCCUUCUCCGCCUUGGAGCAUGAUCUCUCAGAUUUUGACAUGCCAGACUUGCCUCUUCACGUUCCUGGGCCAUUCAGGCUCAGUGAGUUCCACAAGCUGCUGGUGAAUACCAUCAGGGAAACGGUCGCCGAUAUAGGCCAGAAGAUACUAGAGCGGCCUGUAGACUUUGCCAAAAUUAUGGCUGCAGUAUCUGUGAAGCACUUUGGCCACCAAAUAAUCUCAUCCCUGAUCUGUCGUCUGAAUGGGAAUGGGCAGGAGGUUAGUUCCAACUUGAAAGAGCGCGAUGAAGAGCUCACUCAGGAAGAGGCCAGGGCUGCCGAAGAGGAGCCCGUAGAGGAUGAGAACCCGUUGGAGCAGGGGGAGGGCACUGAAGAGCCAUCUACUGAACCACCCACAGAACCACCUACCGGCCCGGCUAGCCCCAGUGUUUUGGAUGCUGCCAAAAUAGCCGGAAGUGCUGCUGGAAGUGCUGCCGCUGCUGGUGCUGGGGGUGCUUCUGAUCUCGCUGUUGCUCUCGUGCUGGGAGCGACCGCAUCUGUAUUGCUCGGCUGGCUGGGAACGACCUCGACGGACCAUAACAUCGACGAGUCGGGUGAGCCUGGGAAGAGGACGCUCCUCGUGAAUCUCAAUAGGAAAAUCGAAAGGGGUCUGACCAUGCGUGGCACACCGCACUGCCAGCUCCACACUGGUCGACAAGUGCUCGAGAUCGGCUGGAGAGCCUGUACCCCAGCAAUCGUAGAUGACAGCAGCGCAGAGAUCACAGACACUGUGAUUUGGACCGUUCGAAUCCAAGAUAGCACUGGACAGGAGGUUUACGCGACCACAAUCCCCGCCGCUCAAAGGUCUGUUAGAUACCAAAUACCGGGGCAAGUAUGUGGUGAAAAACUCCGUGUCCAAGUCCGAGCCUCCUUGACCUACAAAGGCCAGGCUCAGAACGUCCAGUUCAACGGACCAUGGUCACCACAGGUGGAAGUCACCUGGACGGCCCCAGGCGCGGCCCCUACAGCGCCUGCUAGACAACAGGAAUCUGCACUGGAGAUCCCUUCAGCGAACAUGCCUCCAUCUGACCAACACAUAAAUACAGCUACUAACGUAUGUCAGGGUCAAACUCUUGCUAACAGAACAUACAAAAUCACAACAGAGAUCGGCACAUCAGAAAGGACGUCCAUAACUCUGAAAAUUGGGCAAGUCUAG